AGAGUCCUGAAUUACAGUGAAUAAACUUGUUGGCAUGGCUAAAUAUAACUCAUUGGCACCCCAUACAUCCGCUAAUGUUCAUCAAAUCAGAUGAUCUUUGUUUUAUGUGACAAAUAUCUAAAAGGCAUACAGCUAACACAUCCUUCCAGAAACACGGGUGGCUUUGGCUGGACCUGGGUCGGGACACACCUUUAUCCUCUGCAGACCUUAUGUUACAGCCGAAUGAAGGAACUUGUUCCCGCUGGUCCCUAUGUUCCAGCCGAUCUGUCGCAUCCUCCUCCCUGCAGAGCUGCAUGGCAACGGGAGGAGGAGAAUGCUCGGGAUGAGGGAGGGUACCGCGGCCCCACGUCUCCUCCUCACCGCAGACUGCUUUCCCAUCCCUCCGUUUCCGCAUAUACCACACACACACACACACACACACACACACACACACACACACACACACACACACACACACACACACACAACUUCCUCCAUACACCCAGAACGCCGGACCCGCGCAGCCGCUGCGGAGCGAUGCAUCCGCGAUGCGCGCUCUCCCGUCCCCGAUCUGUCCCUAGGCCCGGAUCGAUCCAGUUCUCAACAUUCUGAAAUGCACAUUCUGGUCCGGAGCUGAGAGGCAGACAAGUGGGAGAGAUGAGAGAUGUUUAGCAGGUUAACCUCGGAUCCUCGCCAUCGUCUCUGCUGUGCGCGUGCUGGUCUUUUUCCACCUCCACGCCUGCCUGUUUUCGGUUCUCGAUGCUGUGAUCGGAGGGAAUAUGUGAGGAUCAUGCUGCCGGUGUGGUGCUUCAUGGUCUUCGCUGCAGUGGGCGAGAGGCUUGCAGUCUCAGGUGCAGAUGGAGGCAUGUGGGACUGGUUUCUCCCCUCGGGCCGGCUGGACAGUGGGGAAGCUGUGACUGAGAUUACUUAUCCAAAAAGACUGGUGCAGCGAACCGAGUCAGAGGAGGAAAUGGCUCAUGAGCACUUAGAUACCAGGGCGAAGAACAGCAGCAGGGACAGCUCGCCUGUUCACUUGGCCCAGAGCUGCUUUCUGGUGGAAGCCUUCGGACGCACCUUCACUCUUGACCUGGAGCUGAACCAUCACCUGCUGUCCUCAGAUUAUGUGGAGCGGCACUUUAACGACGAUGGCAGACCCUCUCAGGCUGUGGGCGGUGAGCACUGUUACUACCAAGGAAGGCUGAGAGGUUUAGCAGAGUCUUGGGCAGCCGUCUCCACCUGCCAUGGCCUGUGGGGCAUGUUCUCUGAUGGUUUCUUCUCUUAUGGAAUUGAGCCAGUCCACAACAGGAGCAAACAGGCCGAUGGUGCUCACUUCAUCCACAGGAUGCCAGAUGUGAGACUGUCCCCGUACUGCCCAGACUGCUCUGAGGACGAGUGGAGCAGCAUCAGCAGUGACAACAGACCAAACCAAACGGGGGGUCACCACCUGACCGGGGGGCUGAGAAGAUCAAAGAGAUUUGCUAGGAAGCCUUCAGUCCAGGCCGAGACUAAAUAUAUAGAACUGAUGGUCGUCAAUGACUAUGACUUGUUUGUACAGCUGCGUCGCUCAGGCAGCCAAACCAAGAACUUUGCUAAAGCUGUGGUCAACACAGCCGACACGAUCUUUCAGGAACAACUGAACACACGGAUUGUGCUGGUUGCUAUGGAGACCUGGACCUCUGAGAACAUGGUGCCGGUAGUGGAGGACCCGCUGGUGACACUGCAGAACUUCAUGAAGUACAGGAAGGGCAGCAUCAAGGAGCAGAGUGACAUCAUCCAUCUUUUCUCAGGGAGAACCUUCCACAGCGGCCGCAGUGGGACAGCCUACACAGGAGGGGUGUGUUCUCAGACAAGAGGAGGAGGAAUCAAUGACUACGGGAGUGUCGGAGCGAUGGCCAUCACUUUGUGUCAGAGUCUGGGUCAGAACAUCGGGAUGAGGUGGAACAACGCACGGACGUCAGCAGGUGACUGCAGGUGUCCAGAUGCCUGGGUGGGCUGCAUCAUGGAAGACACAGGAUUCUAUCUGCCCAGAAAGUUUUCUCGCUGCAGUGUUGAUGAGUACAACCAGUUCCUACUCCAGGGGGGUGGGAGCUGCCUCUUCAACAAGCCCAGUAAGCUGUUAGACCCUCCAGAGUGUGGCAAUGGCUUUGUGGAGCCAGGAGAAGAGUGCGACUGUGGAUCCCUGGUGGAGUGUGCACGCAAUGGAGGAGCCUGCUGCAAAAAGUGCACCCUCACCCAUGAUGCCAUGUGCAGCAAUGGACUCUGCUGCAGUGGCUGUAAAUACGAGCUCAGAGGAGUUGUGUGUCGAGAGGCCGUAAACGACUGUGAUAUCCCUGAAACCUGCACAGGAGACUCCAGCCAGUGCCCUCAUAAUGUGCACAAGCUGGAUGGUUACAUGUGUGAUAACAGCCAGGGACGCUGCUACAGUGGGCGAUGCAGGACACAUGAUGGACAAUGCAAAGGACUGUGGGGCUUCAGCUCAGCAGACAGGUUUUGUUACGAGAAGCUGAACGCUGAAGGAACAGAGAAGGGGAACUGUGGUCGGGAUCCUGAAGGGAAAGGCUGGCAGCAGUGCAACAAGCCAGAUGUUUUAUGCGGUUUCCUCUUCUGUGCCAACAUCACAGCCAAGCCAAAAUUUGGAGAUCUUCAGGGUGAAGUGACCAGCUUCACCCUUUACCAUCAGAACAAGUACCUGGACUGCAGAGGUGGCCACGCUCUGCUAGAGGACGGCUCCGAUAUGGGCUACGUGGAGGACGGCACUCCCUGUGGUCCAAACAUGAUGUGCUUGGAAAGACGCUGCCUCCCUGUUACGGCGUUCAACCUCAGCACGUGUUCGGGGUCCACCCUUGGACAUAUUUGCUCCGACCACGGGACUUGCAGUAAUGAGGUGAAGUGUAUCUGUGACCGGGACUACACGGGGAAGGACUGCAGCGUGUAUGAUCCUAUUCCUGAGCCGACUGUGGCAACGGGUCCAGAAAAAAAAGGUCCCAGUGGCACCAAUAUCAUUAUAGGGUCCAUCGCAGGUGCUAUUCUCCUGGCAGCUAUAGUCCUAGGGGGAACAGGAUGGGGAUUUAAGAACAUUCGAAGAGGAAGAUCUGGAGGAGGAUAAAGUCUCUGUCCAUCUUCCUGUCUGUCUGUCUCCUGUUCACCUUCGUCUUCCUCCUCACACUGUGUCGUUUCCACGAGGACGAAGAGGGUGACGCAAAAAAAAGUCUUCCAUUACAAUCCUAAAUUCUCUCCAAACCUCUUCAGAAGAUCAUCUCCGCACUCACGUCUGCUCCUUCCAUUUGUCCUCCUUUGGUCUCCCCUGUCUCCUUCAGGCCUGGGGGGGGGGGGGGGGGGGUCCUCUCAUUCUCACCUGGCUACGCCAGACAGCAGCUGAGGAUCAUGUUGGGACUGGACCUAAACCCAGCUCUCCCUGUGGGAGACACCAGGGUCAUCCUCUAGUCCUGGGGCUCUAUGAAAGUGCUUCUCUCACCACAGUCGGAUGAAGAACAAAUCAACAGUGGACCAAUAUGAUAACGGACUCGUGUUUCCAAUGCCUGCCUCGUCUUCGGUCCGUGGUUAAAUGCUGGACUUGUGCACAGACCAAAAUAAAGCGAGAGAAACUGAAUUGUUCCCUUUUAAAAAAAGAAGAAAUGGACCUGCGGUUCAGUUCCUCAGCCUGAGCCUUAUAGGUGCACCUUUAAAUAGACACAUGUCUGUUUUCAUUCACUUCUGCAGAAGAGAAUCCAGCAUGUGACCGAGAAGCUCGGUAAAACGGUUUCGGGAUCAUUUUAGAGACCACUAAACUACGAAUCAGCAGGGACCGCAACUCGGUGUUUUAAACAUACAUUCCACUAAAUCUGUCUCCACUUCCAAAGUCCAGAAGGUUUACCAGGCAUGUGUGUGUGCGUGUGUGUGUGUGUGUCAAAGCUUUAUAAAUAAAGCUUUGAUUGAUUGAUUGAUUGAUUGUGUGUUCCAGAGCGAGCAAAUGAGUGAGAGAUUUCUAAAGAAAGGAUGAACGUCCAGAACACGUGUUUACAUCCAUGCUGGGGCGGCUGUGUCCUGCACACCUGAACACCCCCCCUACUGGCAGGUUUUUACCUUUCAUUUCUUUUUACAGCUUUUAUGAAGCUGCAAAGCUUCAUCAAGGCCGCGCAUUAACAGAUUUUACAGAAAACGAGCACUUGCCAACCGUAUGCACACCCGUUUGUAAAUAUGUGCAAAAUAUCAUGAAUGUCUAAUGCAAUGUGUGAAGCUUUAUGUAAAAUUAUGGGUUUUUUUUGUUUGUUUCUGCAAAUGUAAAGAUAUUUAAUUCAUCUCCCCUUUAAGACCUCCGUGCAUCUUUAAAUGUGGCUGAACGGCAUCGUCUCACUGAAAGUCCCAGGUGCGUUUGUGGGCCUCGGCCAUGCAAAGGUCACAAUGAGCUGGUUGAGAUUAACAGCUUCUGGUGUUUCGGGUCCAAGAGGCAGCCUGUAUUAUACUUUCUGAGGUCUGUUUGUCUAGAUGAAGUUUGCACUUUGGCAGAAACACUAUUGUUAUUAAAUAUUGUACAAAUCAAAAACAAUCAAGAGAAAAAGCCAACAAGGUGCAUCCCACACCAUAUGUUUUAAACAGCCUUUUUGGACUGAAACAACAGAGAAGAAUGAGCUGAUGCUUGUAAAUGAACUAAAAAGAAGAAAAAAACUAUCAAAAAUAAAAACAGAUCUUCUACAUCUCA